UAAUGGCUUCUAAGUUUACUUCUCCGAGUUCUUUCUCUUCUUCUGUACCAGUAGAUCCUCUGAAUCAACUGACAAUGGCUGAUCUACCUGAGGUACUUCAAUUACUCAAAAGAUAUGGUUAUUUGGGAGUCGGUUACUAUGAUCUUGGUCUUAAUCUUGGUCUGUCCACUGCUUCACUGGAUGCUAUUAAAGAGAAUGAAAGACGUUUUAGCAUGUCUUCGUGAUUGUCUUAAAGUAUGGUUAGGCAAAGGCCACAAAGCUGAUAUUGUUCAGGAGAUUAAAGAUGACGAUCGUACUAUCUAUUCAUUGGUAUCAGCAUUAAAGAGGAUAGGAGAGAACGGAGUAGCUAAUGCAAUACAUAUGGAGAAGCAUCUUGCUUGUAGAAUUCUUGAUAAUUAUUCCUCAAACCAAUCUCUACUGUCUGUAUUACCUGAGCUGGCUAUACCUUUUUAUGAAGCAAAACUGAUAAAUCAGACAAUUUUUCAACCUUAUAGAGGAGGAGAAGUAGUACUGGAUCAAAUAAAAACAGCAGUUUGUGCUGAUUAUAGAAACCUUGAGGCAUUUGCUGAUAUUUUGUGUAAAUUUACAGCCACUGCUGAGAUAGGAGUUGCUAUCAUGAGAGACUACACCAUUUUGGGUGGCAAGAUGGCAUGGUGGAGAUGGCAGAAUGGAGUGAAUCGAAGGAAAACUCACUUUCUAGAGCUAGUUUAGAUGAUCUAGCUAUAUCAAUAGAAAGCCAAGGAACUGUCUUAACAAUUAUAUGAUUCCUGGAUUAAUAGACACUGGCAGUAAAGUGUAGGAGCAGCAAAAGCUCACUACAGUGAGUUGCUGCAUCCAAGUAUUUGUUGUUUCUAAGUAUUAGAGUUGGUAAUGUUGUUAUUUUAUACUUGUAUAUGACAAUUUAAUACUCAGAAACUGUUCCACAAACAUUUUGAAGGUUUUCUUUAUCUUACAGUAGACCCCUUUCCUGUAUAAAGCAGUAUAAAUAGCUACAAUGACAGUAUCUUUCCAGCAGAAUGUGAUUCCAUUGUUGAAAAACUUAGUAGCUUUCUAUUGAUAUAGCUAGAUCAUCUAAACUAGCUCUAGAAAGUGAGUUUUCCUUCGAUUCACUCCAUUCUGCCAUCUCCACCAUGCCAUCUUGCCACCCAAAAUGGCCGUGAAAUUAAAUGUGGGUGUAGUGUAAAUUAUGAAUAUGAUUAAAAGGCGUUAGUGAAAAAGGACUAUUAUAACAUAUACAUAUAGCUCCAAAUUUUUGUUGUUCAAAAAUUUCAACAAAUUUGUUAAGAAUUUUUGGUUGACAAAAUUUUAACGAGCGAAAUUUUUGCUUCAUGUGUUGGUCCUUGGAUUUAUAAUAUGACGAAGAUUUUAUUGACAAAAAUUAAUUUUAACAAGAAAUUAAGAUUUUGACAAAAUUUUUGACUGACGAAAAUUUCAAGUUGAGCUAUAUGCUAUACCAAUAACUAAUGAUUGUGUAUAGGAGAGGUUUUUUGGAGUGAUGAAGAGAAUGGUAAGAAUUAAUUUAAUUUAUAGCUUAUUAAUUAUUGUUAUCAAAGGACCCCUGAUUAAUCUUCCUAAAAGUCUCAUUUCAGAAUUUAAGUUGAUGCGAUUAAAGUUUGGGGAGACAUUUUUCAAUGUGGGAUCAAUCGUGAUGAACAACCCUCAGUCUCCAUCCAUUAACGAUAUUAAACGUGUACUGGGUAGAUACAGCAGUGCAUUAAAACCUCAGUUAGCUCAGUGUAAAGAUGUCCAUAACAUUCUACAAUUAGUACGUGAGAACAGUUCACUUGAUGAUAUUAGUGUGUUGGAGGUUCUUGUUAAUAAGUUCAAUAUUAAGGAGGUUAAGCCAGUUAUUAAGGAAUAUAAAGAAGCUAUUGAGGAGUUAAAAAUAAAACUUCGUCAAUUUUUGGAAAAAGAGCUUUUAAAAGCAUCAUCAGUACGUGUACUUGAGUCUGUUACGAUUGUCAUUGAUAAAGAUACUAGCUUUUCAGUACUUAAAGAUGUACAGAGACUGUCAUUAGCUGCAUUACCCUAUUGUAUGAGAUUAAAUGUCAUUAGAAGUGGUGGUAAUAUGCGGUGGGAAGAAUGGGAACCAGAAUCAUUAACUGAUACUUAUGUGGGCCCUACUGUACAAAGUAAAGAUACCUGCACACUAACAACUGAAGUACUAGGAGGAACAACAGAAAAGGAUGAAGAUCAAGUUAUAUUGCUACAGGAGAAAGUUGAAAGUAUUCAAAAGCAACUGGAGGAAGAAAAGGAACUUCAUGAAAAAGAGAAACAAUUUUAUGAACAAGUUAUAAAGAAAUAUGAAGAAGAAAUGCUUCAACAGAAAAGGAACCUCAUUCAAAAUGAAGAGAAAAUAGUAAUGCUUAUUCAACAACAUAAUGAUCACUUGAAACACAAGACAGAACAAUAUGAAGAAUUAAGAUCAGACUAUAAACUUACUCAAGAAGAACUUGUGGAACUACAAAAGUUGUUACAGGAAAAGAUACAAACAUCCUCCAUUCUCAUGAAACAGAAAUUAGCUGCUCUAAGAGAGAAAAAGGAAUUGCAAAGAAAGAUUGAUGAUCUUAAAAAAAAAUUAAAACUACAGCAAGUCAAAGAUCACAAGGAAGUAUCAAUUCAGUGUGAAUACACUAUCACUGAAUCAGACCUACCCACUACUCAUAAACAACUAGAGGAACUUGAAAAGAAGUUAAAGGAAGAGAUACAAACAUCCUCCAGUUUAAUGAAACAGAAACAAGUUACUCUAAGAGAGAAAGAGGAACUACAAAUAAAGAUUGAUGAUCUUCAACAAGAAUUAGCAGUCCGAGAUCAUAAGGAAGUAUUAGAACAAGCACCAGUAGAACAGAAAGAAGAGACUGAGAUAUUACAAGAGACUGAGACUGUACAUACAUGUACUUAUAUCAGUAAAGGUGACAUAUUAAAAUUAUCAGUGAUACUGGAACCAUUUGAAGAUGACUGGUAUCACAUUGGACUGUGUCUUGAAGUGAAGGAAUCAGUGUUAUUUGAAAUCAAAGAGAUGACACCAGUUGAUUCAAGAUUAACUCAUGUACUUGAGACCUGGUGUCAUGAGAAGGAUAGAACAAUAACUGAACUGAAGGACUCAUUGAAAAGAAUGGAUAGAGAUGAUAUACUUGAAGGUUUACAUGAAUUACCUACUGGACAAUAUACAAUGAAUAAUGAUGAAGAAUAUGAUAUUAAUGUAAAAGAUUCAAAUGAUGAAGUUGAGACUGAAAUUGAAACUGAAAACAAAGAAAUACAAACAACACCAACAACUGUUGACAAAGAAAUUCAGUUCAACUAUCUUGUACCAUCACAAGGUUAGUCCCUGUACUAUUAGUAACGUACAUGUAGUCUCAGGUCAACUUUGCAAAAAAUGAA